AUGUUCAACGCCACGCAAGAACCGCCGGUAGUGGCCACGAAGACCACCGCCGUGACCCCAACUGUCCGGGCCAAAUCCCCUUCUAAAGUCUCUUCGCUGCAAGAGAUCUUACAUGCCCGCGAACAAGGUUUGGGCAUUCGUGAGACCGCGGCGUUGUUUGCCGAGGGACUCAAGGAACUGGCCGGCCGAGGUCAUAACCUUUACGGUCGCGUUUUGCUCGAGGCGACCGACGCCAAUGUAAAGGUCACCUACCCGCUGGAAGGUGGCGAGCGUCAGAUGAUCAUGAUGGCAUCGAACAACUACUUAGGACUUUCGACCCACCCCAAGUGCGUCGAGGCGGCCCGCGAUGCAGCAGAAAAAUUUGGCGUAGGGUCGGGAAGCUCGCCGCUGUUGGUUGGCACCUACCCAGUGACCAAAGAACUUGAAGCAAAACUGGCAAAGUUCAAGAAGACCGAAGACGCUUGUGUCUUCUCGACCGGUUACUCGGCGAACGUUGGUGUCAUCUCGUCGGUCGUUGGUAAACACGAUGUGGUGAUCGUCGACCGGCUCGCUCACGCCAGCAUGGUCGAUGGGGCCAAGCUUUCCGGCGCCAACGUCAAAGUGUUCAAGCAUAGCGAUGCCGAGCACCUGGAUCGCGUGUUGUCCCGCUGCAAGAACUAUGUCACCAAGCUGGUUGCCAUCGAAGGCAUCUACAGCAUGGACGGCGACAUUGCACCCGUGGAUGAAAUUCUGAAAGUUUGCCGGAAGCACGACGCGAUGCUGCUAGUCGACGAAGCUCACUCCACGGGCGUUCUGCCCGGUGGUGGUGCGGCAGCCUACUUCGGGCUGGAAGGCGAAAUCGACCUGAUCGUCGGAACGCUAUCUAAAGCCAUCGGCUGCUGUGGCGGUUUCGUCGCCGGUAAGCAAGACCUGGUCACCUACAUUCGCUACUUCGCCCGUUCGGCAAUGUUCUCGACGGCCCCUUCGCCCCCGGUGAUGGCCGCCGCGAGUGCCGCGGUGGAUGUGAUGCAAGACGAGCCUGAACGAUGUGAAAAGUUGUGGGAAAACUGCCGCUUCAUGCACUGCGAACUCAAGCGGAUGGGUUUCCGUGUGAACGACGAGCCAAGCCCGAUCAUCCCGGUGAUCAUCGGCUCGAUGGACGCCAUGCGUCAAAUGACCCUGGAGCUGCACCGCAACAACAUCUGCAUCAAUUCGGUGAUCUUCCCGGCGGUUGCCAAAGGCAGUGAACGGCUGCGAAUCAGCCUCACGGCGAACCACACUCGGGAACAACUGGUCGAAGCACUCCGCUGCCUCGAACAGGCUGGCCGGAAUGCAGGUAUGGUAAAUGGUAGUAUCUUGCCCAAGCUGCCACGGGGAAGGAGCUUCCUCCGUUCCCGCUGGCGGACACCCGCCGGCAACCCUCGACACCAACCACGCGAUCCCGAUAUGGCCUUACAAGGCUCACAACCGGCCAACGACGUCCCGCCGAAUUUUGCCCCCUGGAGAGAGCGGCUGCACACGAUCAUCUUCGAGGCUGACACCCCCGCCGGGAAGGCUUUCGAUGUCGUGCUGCUGAUUGCGAUUGUCGUCAGCGUAACAGCGGUGAUUUUAGAAAGCGUUUCAGACAUCCGCGAACGUUACGGCAUUUGGCUCACGGCCACUGAGUGGUUUUUUACGCUGCUAUUCACGGUGGAGUACAUCCUGCGGUUGCUUUGCGUCCACCAUCCGCGGAAAUAUGCCACGAGUUUCUUUGGCCUGGUCGAUCUCGUGGCCACGCUUCCGACUUAUUUGAGCUUGGUGAUUCCCGGCUCACAGUCGCUGUUGGUUGUUAGAACCUUGCGGCUGCUUCGCAUAUUUCGGGUAUUCAAGUUGGCUCGCCAUCUCAACGAAGCCGAAGCCCUGCUGCACACGAUCCGAGCAACUCGCGCUAAGAUCACCGUGUUUUUGUUCACCAUCGCCUCGCUCACGCUAAUCAUGGGCUCGAUGAUGUAUCUCAUCGAAGGUGAAGAACACGGGUUCGAUAACAUCCCGCGAGGAAUUUAUUGGGCUGUCGUCACCAUGACGACCGUGGGCUACGGCGAUAUCCACCCACAAACGCCCGCCGGUCAGGCGCUGGCCGCCGUCGCGAUGAUCGUGGGUUACAGCAUCAUCAUUGUGCCGACGGGUAUCUUCUCAGCCGAGAUCGCGCGGCAACGAGGUUUCAACACCAAAGCUUGUCCCGGCUGCGGACGACAGGGGCACGACAUCGACGCGACGUUCUGUAAGUUCUGUGGAACGACGCUUUAG